AUGUGGGAAACUGUUUUCUGCAGUGUAUCGGAGUUUGAUUUGUCAGAGCUCGAGAGCCUUUUUCCAGCAGCCGUACCAAAAACGGAUAACACCUCCAAAACCGACAGAAGAAAAUCUCUUGGAUCAAAGCCAGAGAAAGUUCAGCUGAUUGAGUUGAGGAGGGCAAACAACACGGAGAUCAUGCUUACAAAAGUGAAGAUGCCGCUGCCAGACUUGGUGAGUGCGGCACUGGCACUUGAUCAGUCUACCUUGGAUGUUGAUCAAGUGGAGAAUCUCAUAAAGUUCUGUCCUACGAAAGAGGAAAUGGAGCUUCUUAAGAACUACACCGGAGACAAGCAACUUCUUGGGAAAUGUGAACUGUUCUUCCUAGAACUGAUGAAAGUCCCACGAAUGGAGUCAAAACUGAGAGUAUUCUCCUUCAAGAUCCAGUUUGGUUCACAAGUCGCAGAUCUUGGGAAAAGUUUGAAAACCAUAGACUCUUCAUGUAAUGAGAUCCGAAGUUCUCUCAAGUUGAAGGAAAUAAUGAAGAAAAUACUGCUCCUUGGAAAUACGUUGAACCAGGGAACUGCUAGAGGUGCUGCAGUUGGCUUCCGGUUGGAUAGUUUGCUAAAACUUACAGAUACCCGGGCAACAAACAAUAAGAUGACAUUAAUGCACUACCUCUGCAAGGUGCUUGCUGCAAAAUCACCACAGCUUUUGAACUUCCAUGUGGAUCUUGUUAGUUUAGAAGCUACAUCAAAGAUACAACUGAAAAUGUUAGCAGAAGAAAUGCAAGCAGUCAGUAAAGGGCUGGAAAAAGUUGAGCACGAGUUUAAAGCUUCAGAAAGUGAUGGUCCAGUGUCAGAAAUUUUCCGUGAGAAACUGAAAGAGUUCACUGAUAAUGCUGGAGCAGAUGUGCAGUCAUUGUCUUCAUUGUUCUCUGAAGUGGGAAAAAAGGCUGAUCAAUUGAUCAAAUAUUUUGGUGAGGAUCCUGUCCGUUGCCCAUUUGAGCAAGUUAUGUCUACCCUGUUGACAUUUGUAACAAUGUUCCGGAAAGCACACGAGGAGAAUAUCAAGCAAGCCGAGCUUGAGAAGAAAAAAGCUCAAAAAGAGGCAGAAGCAGAGAAGUCUAAGAAUGCUCAGUUGGCCAGUAAAAAUGACUCGAAAGCAUCGAAUCCAAGCCGACAAGCGAAACAAACGUUAGAGAAAACAAGAUCUACAAGUAGGCGAGGAAAAGAUGGUGGGUGA